UAGGUAAAUUUUGACAAAAAAAGGAAAAAAAAUAGAGAUACAACUGUUGGCGUUUUUAAGUUCGGUGGAUUUACAAAAAUUUUGCUAAAUUGUUGUCUCUCUUCACUCUCGACGCCGCUGCUCUUAAUCGUCCAAGUAGAUCAAGCCACGUCAACUCUUACACCAACUCCUCGACGAUACGGUCACGCGCCGAGUCAACCAUGGCCGCAUCCAACUCAGUCCGAGUCGCCGCUGCUCAGAUGACCUCCUUCGACGACAUCGACGCCAAUUUCUCCACUUGUUCUCGCCUCGUCAAAGAAGCAGUUUCAGCUGGGGCAAAAAUGCUUUGCUUUCCUGAAAACUUCUCCUACGUGGGUGGCUUGUCCGGAGAUAGUCUUUUGAUUGCAGAACCUUUAGAUGGACCGAUUAUGCAAAAAUAUUGCUCUUUAGCAAGAGAAUAUGGUAUUUGGUUGUCCCUUGGAGGGUUCCCAGAGAAAGGACAUGAUGAUGCACACUUGCGAAAUACACAUGUUGUAAUUGAUGAUGCUGGGAACAUUAGAAGCACAUACAGUAAGAUACACAUGUUUGAUGUGGAUGUUCCUGGAGGAGCAGUAUACAAAGAAAGCAGCUUUACAGAACCAGGGAUGGAUAUUGCUGCAGUAGACAGUCCUAUUGGACGUUUGGGUUUGACAGUCUGCUAUGAUUUGAGAUUCCCGGAACUUUACCAGCAGUUAAGGUUCCAUCAUGAUGCACAGGUCAUAUUGGUACCUGCUGCUUUCACAAGGGUUACUGGUCAGGCACAUUGGGAGAUUCUUCUUCGCGCUCGUGCAAUUGAGACUCAGUGCUAUAUCGUAGCUUCUUCUCAAGCUGGAAAGCAUAAUGAGAUAAGAGAAAGCUAUGGCGAGACACUAAUAAUUGAUCCAUGGGGAACAGUUGUUGGCCGAUUACCAGAUCGAUUGUCAACUGGGAUCACCAUAGCUGAUAUUGAUUUCUCAUUGAUUGAUUCAGUGAGGGCAAAGAUGCCAAUUGCAAAGCAUCGGAAACCAUUCGACUUCUGGAGACCUGCAUCCGAAUGAUUUUCAAAGAUGACCACCUUUUGCAUCCACUCUCAUUCAUAUGUAACCGUAAGCACAUUGAUUUCUAAUACCCUGUAAAGUGACAAUAAGAUGCCCAUCCCUUGUUGUUUCAGGAAGAAUGAGAGUCUUUUUUGUUUUUGAUAAAUUAAACAAAUCUUUGUAAACUUAAUUAUACAUUCAUUUCGACUAACUUUAAAAAAGUCUUUUAAUUGCCUAUAAUCUGAUUUGAAUGACUUUUAUCUAUAAGAUAAAGACUGCAAAUGGAUUAAGAGAUAACAUUAAACAGAUUUGUGGUUUAAAUGUGCAAUUUUUUUUUUUUUUUUUAGACUUUAAUCUCUUUUGUUAAAAAAAAAAUGGGACAAUUUUGAGUCUACCCAAACCAGGCUCUAUGCAAAAUCUAUGGUAAACAAUUUGCAGCCGGAAAGAACCCUAAACUAUCUCCAUCUUGAAACUUUUCAAGGCAGAAAGCACGAACAUCAAAGUUUUGAUCAGUUGUUUCUUCAGUAUUAAACAACAAGAACAGUCUUGGAAAGUA